AUGGCCUACCCUAUCCAGUGGUUGGACUCGACCUUCAACUCACGCGCAAGGGCAGAAGAACUCCUCCGGCCCGACCUCGAGUCGGGUCUCAUAACCCCGCACGACUACCAGCUAGCCACUACGUUCCUGCCUGGCUCCCACCGAUAUUGGCCAGUCUUAUGUGUUCUCCCUCGCGGGGAGCGCAGGCGCGGGAGCGUACCAACGCUUCUACCGCAGACCGCCCGCGUCACUGAACCGCACAACACUCUUCGCUACUGCGGGGGCUUUCUAGGCGCGGUAUGGGGCCAGUUCCGCCGUGCAGACACCCAUGCGACUUUCGCCAAACUCCUGGACGACCCGGUCGCGUUCAGCCAGGCACUCGAGAACGUGAACCGGAGGACGGGCGGUGUGAGGCCUCUGGGGUGGACGCUCCAGCGAGCGAGAGAAGUCGCACAACGGGAGGAGAUGCACGGCAACUCCGCGGCACCUUCUGACGAUAGUUGGGCCCGGAGCCUGUCAUGGGAGAUCAGCCAACAGCUCCUCCGACCUCGGCCAGUCGGCCUCCACCACCGACUGAGACGCUAA